AUGGGUGCUCUGAAGCUGGAGCAGCUCUGCCCCCAUGGGGUUCGAAAUGUGAAUCCCAGCAAGGGUGGGAAGAAGAAGGCAGAGGCCUUGCUGGAGAAGAACUCCUUGCUGAGGAGCAGGUGUGACACACUCCAUGCGAAGAAUCUGGAAAUGGGGAAGAUAAUGGAAGAGUUUGAGGGGCUCGAGUAUCAGGGGAUGGAGGAGGCUCAGAAACAGAAGGAACUAGCAAAAGCUGAGAUCCAGAAGAUUCUAAAGGAAAAAGACCAGUUGGCUACAGACCUGAGCUCCAUGGAAAAGUCUUUCUCUGACCUCUUCAAGCGGUUUGAGAAACAGAAGGAAGUGAUCGAGGGGUAUCACACGAAUGAAGAAUCUCUGAAGAAGUGUGUCGAAGAUUACAUAGUGAGGAUAGAGAAGGAGGGCCAGUGGUACCAGGCCCUGAAGGCCCACGCAGAAGAGAAGCUCAAGCUGGCCAGCGAGGAGAUCGCCCAGGUGCGUGGCAAGGCCCAAGCGGAGGCCCUGGCCUUCCAGGCCAGCCUGAGGAAGGAGCAGGUGCGCAUCCAGUCACUGGAGAAGACAGUAAAGCAGAAGACUAAGGAAAAUGAAGAAUUAGCCCCAAUCUGUGAUGACCUCAUUUCCAAGAUGGAGAUCUGA